UUCACACAGAGGCGCGAGCGCGUGAGGUAGUUUCAGAGACACGCCCACUCUGCGCGCGACAGUAUAAAGCGUGUCGAGUUCAAGCGCGCUCGUAAGUCUCAGUGCCGGACACACGCGCAGCGGAACUUUAACGAUGCUGGCUGCGAUCCGGCUGAUCUUCAUCCUCCGGACCUUCAUCUUCAUCAGUGCAGAGAAAAUCUUCCACAGCAGAGAUCAUUCAGAUGUCAUGAACGACAUUCAUCAGGCUGAACUCAUCACUGACACUGACACUGCAGAGCGGUUUCUGUCGAAGUACGGGUUCAUUAAAGCAGGAGACGGCGAUGAGCCUCAGAUCUCAGCAGAAGCUGCGGGUGAGACGGACGUCAGUCUCUCUCUGGACCUGCAGGAGGGCGGAUCCACAUCCAGGUCCAGCAGCGCUGAUCUCCAGUUCAUCACGGCGCUGAAGGAGUUCCAACGGGUGUCUGGUCUUCCUGUCACGGGUGUGUUUGAUGACGCCACCAAAGCAGCCAUGAAUAAACCCAGAUGUGGCGUCCCAGACCAGGAUGAGGAACUGGAUUCUACCAACAGCACCACGACACACAAUCACACCGAUGCUGCGAAUGCCAGUGAAACUCGAACAUCCGAUAAUACUCAACCUCACGAGCAGAAGAAACGCCACCUGGCAGCGCUUCUGAAGAGCAGAAAGAAGAGAGACGCCAGCGAGUGGACGGGACACAUGGCGUUCUCAAAGAGUCUUCUGAAGUGGCGUCUGAUGGGGGAAGGUUACAGCAGUCAGCUGUCCAUCGAUGAGCAGAAGUAUAUCUUCAGACUGGCCUUCCGCAUGUGGAGUGAAGUGUCUCCGCUGCAGUUUGUGGAGGACGUUCACUCUCCUCUGGAAGACAUUGACAUCAGACUGGGCUUUGGGACAGGCCGACAUCUGGGCUGCUCUCAGCGGUUUGACGGCGCGGGCCGAGAGUUUGCUCACGCAUGGUUCCUUGGAGACAUUCAUUUCGAUGACGAUGAACAUUUCACUGUCCCAAACACGGGCAACGGGAUCAGUCUUCUGAAGGUUGCGGUUCAUGAGAUCGGUCAUGUUUUAGGGCUUCCUCACAUCUACCGGCCCGGCUCCAUCAUGCAGCCCAGUUACCUUCCUCAGGAUGGAGGUUUCGAGAUCGACUGGAUGGACAGAAAGUCCAUUCAGAGCCUGUACGGUGUGUGCAAAGGUCGCUUCAGUACCGUGUUUGAUUGGAUCAGGAAGGAGCAGACGCCGUACGGUGAGGUCGUGGUGCGUUUUAACACCUACUUCAUGCGGGACGGCUGGUACUGGCUGUAUGAGAACCGCAACAACAGAACACGUUACGGGGAUCCGGUGGCGGUGCAGGUGGGGUGGCACGGGCUGCCCUCCAGCGGUGUGGACGCUUACGUUCACGUUUGGAACCGCAAAACAGACGCUGUGUACUUCUUUAAAGGUGUGCAGUACUGGCGUUAUGACAGUGAGAAUGAUCAGGUGUUCUCUGAGGACGCAGAGGGCCGCUCGUAUCCUCGUCUGAUCUCUGAAGGCUUUCCCGGCGUGUCUGGACCAGUGGACACCGCAUACUACGACAGGAGAGACGCCCAUAUCUACUUUUUUAAAGGCUCACAGGUGUUCAGAUUUGAUGUGCGUGUGAACCGAUUGGCUUCCUCUUCCCCACAAAACAUCUCUGAGGUGUUUCCCGCCGUUGUCCCCGGUAAUCACCCCGUCGGUAACCUGGAUGCGGCGUACUUCUCAUACACGCACAACACAGUGUUCCUGCUGAAGGGCGCGUGGUACUGGCGCGUGGUGAGCGGCAGAGAUCGCAGACGGAGCGCGUCGCUGCCGCUGAACGGCCUGCUGCCCCGCAGGAACGUGGACGAGCAGUGGUUCGACAUCUGUGACGUGCACGGCAGCUCUCUGAGAACCGCUCGCAGGUGACGCGCGCAAACCUUCAGAUCAGACGGUCAAUCUGAUCUCUGUGGAAGCACAUUUUCAACACAUGAAAAAACAAUCAUGCUUUGGUAAAUCUUAUGACAAGAUGUUGAAAUUAUGACAUACUAAGUCAUAAUUAUGAGGGGAAAAGUUAUAUUUAAGACAUACCAAGUUGAAAUUGAGAUAAACUUGAAAUUAUGACAAUUAAGACACUGUCAAUUAUGAGAUAAAAAGUCAUAAUUAUGACAUACAAGUCGAUAUUAUGAGAUAAAGUCAAGAUUAUGACAUACUAAGUCAUAAUUAUGACAUAAAAAGUUGAAAUUAUGAGAUUAUGCAAUUAGGUCAUAAUUAUGACAUACUAAAUUAGAAUUAUGAGGAAAAAAGUCAUAAUUAAGAUAAGUUGAAAUUGAGAUAAAGUCAAAAUUAUGACAUAAGACAUACUUAUUCAUAAUUAUGAGAUAAAAAGUCAUAAUUAUGACGAUAUCGACAUUAUGAGAUAAAAUUGAAAUUAUGACACUAAGCCAUAAUUAUGACAUACUAAGUUAUAAUUAUGAGGGAGAAAAGUCAUACUUAUGACAUACUAAUUCAUAGUUAUGAGAUAAAAUGUCAUGAUUAAGAUAUACUAAGUCGGAAUUGAGAUAAAGUCGAAAAUAUUACAUAAGUCAUAAUUCAUAAUUAUGACAUUAAAAAGUCAAAAUUAUGAGAUCAAGUCGAAAUUUUGACAUAAAAAGUUGAAAUGAUGAGAUAGCCGAAAUUAUGCAAUUAGGUCAUAAUUAUGACAUACCAAGUUAUAAAAGUCAUAAUUAAGAUAAAAACUGAGAUAAAGUCCAAAUUAUGACAUAAGACUUACUUAUUCAUAAUUAUGAGCUAAAAAGAUAUAAAUAAAAAAGUCAAUAUUAUGAGAUAAAGUCAAAAUUAUGGAACUACCGUUAAGUCAUUGACAUACUAAGUCAUAAUUAUGGCAUAAAAAGUCCAAAUUAUGAGACAGUCAAAAUUCUGAAAAAAUAAAAAAAAUCAUGAUAUAUUAAAUCAUUAUGAGAAUAAAAAGUCGAAAUUGAGAUAAAAAGUGAUUUUUAAAUCAGUUGUAAUUAUACCUUUUUAAGUCAUAGUUUUGACUGUCAUAGUUAUAGUCUAUUUAACUCAUAACUUUGACUUUUUCUCUCAUAAUGAUGACCUUUAAUAUCAUAAUUUGAAUUUCAUGUCAUCAUUUUGACAAUUUUUCCGGUGAUUCCCAAACUUUUCUGUAAUAUUUCCUUCAAUCCCCCUGAGAUUUUAAGUUUGUAUUCCAAUAAUUUAACAACACAUUCACAUGUUCACAGUUAAUGACAUGCAGAUUAACAAGUGCUUUAUUUGUAUUAUUUUCAUUUUAGAAAUUAUUUAUUUAUUUAUGACUUUUUGCAUCAUUAAUGGCAGAACGGCAUGUUUCCUGCACAGCGUAUUUGAAUAUGAAGAGAUGCAAAUGAGAUUUGAGAGCGUCGUGUAGAAGAACAUUUUCAGUGUCUGUUAUGAUACGGUUGAGCACAAAAUACUGAAAUAAUUUAAAUAAUUCUUUGUGUUCCUCUAUAAUCACAUGCUUAUUAAUGUCAAUCAACCGGUAUGUCAUGUGAUGACAAAAACAUGUAUUUAUUUACACCGUUUGCUGUAAUAUGACUCCCUAUUUAAGUUAUUUAUUAUUUUGUUUGUUAUGAACAUGUUCUUUCAGAAUAAACGUGUGGAUGUUUUA